GGGAAGGAAACGAGGAAACAUCGUGAAGGAAACGUGAUUCUCUGGUUGAGUCGCGGUCUGAAGGUGGCUGGUUAUUGUGGGAAGGACUUCCAUUGAGGUGGAGAAGAUUCGAGUAUCGGUGUGGAACUGGAACCUGAGGAAUAAUCCUGCUUUAGGGGCAUGAAACUUCUUCAAAAAUGCACUUUUUAUUGAUUAAAACUAGUCCUCUAACGUCGCACAGAUAACCUGAAGCGCAGAAACAGAGUUUAUUUGUGGUAAAAUGCUCCGGAAAGAGAGAGCUCGAUCCUACAGGGAGUUCAAUGAUGAAGACGAUGAUGAUGAAGGUAGCACUCAGCCUCAGGGUUUUUUCGACGACGGCACUGAAGACUUGGACCAUGAGGAGCCCAACGGCAGCAUCUCCCAAGGUAGCAGAAGAUCCUGCUUUAACGAGCUUCAGGAGAAUUCAACAUUUUGGGUUCUGGUGUCACGUGAAGAUGAUGACAUCACGGACAACAGCUCAUCCAGGAGAUUCAGUAAAACCUGCCUGAAGAAUGUCUUUACCGUGGUUCUCAUCUUCGUCUACUUGCUGCUGACGGCGGUGGCGGUGUUUCUCGCCUACCAAACCAUCUCCGACUUUCUGGUGAAGCUCAAGCAGCCGGUCAUGUCCGUCACCUACAAGGAAGUCGACUCAUUUUCACCUCCUGGUAUCGCUCUUUAUCCCGGCAAAGCUCAGCUGCUGAGCUGCAAACACCACUACCACGACUACAUCCCACCUUUAGUGGACCCUGGCAAACCCCAGAAAAUAGACUGUGAGGUUAAACGAGUGACUUACAUCGGACCGUUCACAAAUCAAACAUGGAAAACAGCUCUGGUGUUCCGUGGCCCGUCUGAUGUCAGGAACAAAGAGCUGAUCUUCAUGCAGUUCAGUCACAAUGAAACCGAGGAGGACUUCAGCGCCAUCACUUACAUGCUUUUUGCAAAGUAUAGCGACUUGAUUGCGAGUACAAACAAAUCAGAGUUUAUGAGGGACUGUGAGAGAAAUUAUUCCACAUGGACCUUCUCUGGAGGAUUCAGAACCUGGGUCAAGAUGUCUCUAGUGAGGACUUCUGGGAAACACAAUGAGGCUAUGGAGUUUCGCCAAGAGUCCGCUGUGGUGAAAUUCAAUGACAAACGACCAGAAGCAGAGCAGACCAACCAGCUCUUCUUUGCCGUCUUCGAAUGGCGAGAUCCUUACAUGCAAGAAAUCAGAUUGAUAGUGACUGCGAAUCCCUGGAGCUCCAUGGCCAUCCUCUGCGGCGUCUUCAUGGCUCUUUUCAAAGCUGCUAAUUUCGCCAAACUCACCAUUCAGUGGAUCAUCAGGAUGCGUAAAAGACACCUGAAGAAUAAAGCGCGAGAGCUGAACCAAGUGAGCUGAAACACUUUGUAGAGAAGCACUGGUGACACAUUCUGACAAAAUCCACAUUGCUUCACUUUUCUGAGUCUUUAUUUUUACACAGUUACAUUUGUUGAGGUCACUAACUUGCAUAGUUUUCUAAUCACCAGUGAGAAAUAUCAACACUGAAGCAUAAGAUUUUCCAGAUUUUCCAUUUUACUGAUGGUUUUGCCUCCAUUCUUACAUUUUAACUGGAUUUUACUGCUAAUUUAAUCAUUUCUUGAAGAGAUAUUCAGUGAAUUUUUUAUUGUUGCUGCUGUAACAUUUCAGAAUAAGACGUGUUUCAUGAAUAUUUUUUGAAACAUUCCAGGGAAACAAAUGUUGCUGAAAGAUGACACGCUGUUAAAGCUUAUUUUUAAAAACCUGUUCCGGGUAUAAAACUGAGAAAAUGUGAACUUUGGUAAAGAUGCUGCAGGAUUUUGGACUGGUUCUCAAAGGGAUAAUACUACUUUAAAGGGAAUAUUACAGAACAUUGUGUCUGUAUGUAGCAUUUUAUAAAACCAAUUGCCAUUCCGAAUUACAAUUAUUUUGAUAACUCAAUUAAGAGCUGUUUUUAUAGCAUAUGUGUUAAAUCCAUUUUUCCAGAACUUUAUCUGAUGUCAUUUGAUUCCAACAUUAUGUGUUGUAAAGAACUGUAUUUACUUGAAUUGUGAAUGUGUCUUGGUCGAUAUUAUAUCAAAUAUGCCAUGUUUUUAGAGAUGUUCAGAAAAUAAACAUAUUUUUAUGCCUGAAAA